AAAAGCGUUGUGGCCGUUCCCCGCCAGCCUCUGGGAAAAGCUGGCAGCCCCUAGCAGCCCCGCUAUGGAGGAGAGCAGCGGUGUUCGCCUGUCCGCCGAGUGCCUGGACGAGCCGCCCAACAGCCGCGUGUUUGUGGUGCUGAGCAAGGACACCGGGGAGGCUCUGAUUCGGGAGCGCUUCGCCCCCUUCGGGGACAUCCAGAACAUCUGGCUUCUGCGGGACAAGCGCACCAAUGAGUCCCGCGGCAUCGCCUUCAUCAAGUACGCCCGCAGCUCGCAGGCCUGCCGGGCUAUGGAGGAGAUGCACGGCCGUAGUCUGGCCCCGGACACCAAGCCCAUCAAGGUAUUUAUUGCGCAGUCAAGAGCUUCUGGAAGCCACCGAGAUGUUGAAGAUGAGGAGCUUACACGAAUCUUUGUUAUGAUACCUAAAUCCUAUACAGAGGAAGAUCUGCGAGAGAAGUUUAAGAUGUAUGGCGACAUUGAGUAUUGCAGCAUUAUUAAAAACAAGACUACUGGAGAAAGUAAAGGUUUGGGCUAUGUGAGGUAUUUAAAACCGUCGCAAGCUGCCCUAGCAAUUGAAGAGUGUGAUCGAAGCUACAGGGCCAUUUUGGCCGAACCUAAAAAUAAGUCGUCCGAGUCGCUGGAACAUGAUUAUUAUAGUAAUAAUACAAGGCAAGAGCCAAGAGGAAAUACACUUUCAUUUUGUGGGCACCCAGAGUUUUGUUGUUUUGAAAAAGAGUGUAGAAUUCAAGAGUCAGUCUCCAAACGUCUGUCAGUGGUAUCACGGCUUCCCUUUAUCCAAGAGCAGCUGUUCGCCCUCUUUGAUCUAGUUCCAGGACUGGAAUAUUGUGAUGUUCAGAGAGAUCCUCAUACCAACAGUGGGUACGCUGUGAUUCAGUACAGUACCGCUGCAUCAGCUAUAUAUGCCAAGUAUAAAUUACAUGGGUUUGAGUAUCCUCCUGGAAAUCGAUUAAGUGUCCUUUUCCUAGAAGAUGGGAGUGAUAGCUCAGACCUCAUCAGAAAAAUGGCGACACAGCUGGUAACAGCACAUGUGUCAUCAGUGUUGCGGAAUAACAAUGCGGUUGUUCAGCAAUAUAGGACACCUCCUCAGGCAUUUGGAGGAACUUGUUGCUCACAGUUACUGCAGCCCCAAACAGAUGCCAUACUGCCACCACCCAAAAAAAAAGUUCCACCUGACACUUCUGUGAAGGAAAGGCUUUUCAUACUUUUUCAUCCUCAUCCUUUACCUAUAAAUGUGUUGGAGGAUGUGUUCUGUCGUUUUGGACAGUUGAUAAAAGUUUACCUUGUGGCUGGAAAAAAUGUGGGCUACGCAAAAUUUGCAGACAGAGCAAGUGCCAGUGAUGCCAUAACUGCAUUGCAUGGGAAGAUUGUGAAUGGUGUCAGGCUUAAAGUAAGGUUGGCAGACUCACCUUCAGAAGAAUCUAACAAACGUCAGAGAACUUACUGAGAGCCAGUUUCUCAGAUUCAGAUGAAAUGAUCCUUAAAAAGAAAGAUUCCAUCGUGCUCCUUUUCAAAGGGCUUGUGUGGCUCUGCAUUGGACUGACAGUCCAGUUUUGAUGUAGUUUAGAGGCUUAUGUUUUGCUUUCAAUUAAAAGCUUUAAAUUGUGCAUGUGAAGAGGGAUGGAAUUCUCUCUAUCUCUGAAAUAGUACCUGUGAGUUUUGAGUUUUCACUUAAGGAAGUCAUUGCCUCUUAAGAAACAGGAAAAUCCUUUCUUAAGUCCUGUAGUAUUGCUUGCCAUUUAUCUGUAACAAGGUGACUAGAUUUCUGCAGUAGUCCUUUCUGUAGAAGGUUCUCUGAUUAAAAUCCAUGAUAAGGUCUGUGAAAGUAGUAAAAUCUAUAUGAGAAUAAAUUUAAUUCAAUUGAGGAUUUUUAAAUUGAAACAUUUAUAGUUUCAGUGCAGCUUUUAUCUGAACUUUUUAUUUCCCCCAUAUUUUCUCUUAUGUAAAUCAUCUUUUUAAUUUAGUUUACAAAAUUGUUUCUUAAAUAUUUUAUGGUAAUGGUAUACUACUGAUAAUACUCUUGCAGUGUAAACUUCUGAUUGUAACAACAGUCUCAUCCUUACAAUAACCUUUGUUUAUCAGGAGAAUUUUAAUACAUGUUUGUUAAUUCUAAUUCUAAACUAUCUAAUAAAUUUUGCAUGCUCUGACUCUCCUGCAAGUCAAUGAAACUUCAGUUGUUUAUAUGAGUAGUUAAAAGUAGCAGAGAAAUGAUGGAAAUACAGACCAAUAACAAAAAUUCUUUUAACUACUUUCAAGUUCUAAUGUAAUUUUUUUGAGGGCGAGGUUCUCCCCUCAUGCUAAGUAUUUGUGGUUGAAAUAAGAAUUCUAAAUAAUCUUUUUUGAGUUAGUAUAGAUUUGAGAAGACAGCUACAUUGUCUAUUUCUAGGCAGUUGCUAAAAGCAGAAGCUAUCUUAAUGUUCUUGGUGUUGACCAGCCUGUGCUUUCUACUCAGUUUUUUGCAUUGCUUUGAGUAUUUAGUGAGAACCUGACUGCAAUUGUCUGGUGCCUGUUGCGUAAAUUAUUAUCACUCAAAUAGAGGAAGAAGGAAAAAAUUUGGUAUCAGAAGAAUAUAUUGUGGAAUUCUGAUUUAUCUGUAUUGUAACCUAAUAGUCCUAUUUAAAUACCCCUCCCCUCUGAAAAGCAAACAAAACAAUAAACAAACAACAACAAAACAAAUCCCACCCCAAAGCUUUCAAGUAGCCCUUAGAAAGCAGAGCUUCUAAUUUAGCACUGCAUUGGAAAUGCAAAACACAGAUUGUCUAGGGCAGGAUUCUGUGGCUGUCUAAAGUUGUUGCUAAUUGACUUUAACACACAUCAAAUGAAUUCAUUGGCUUUUUCCCCUUCUGAUAAUGUUUGGUACUGAAAAUCUUACUCUGUCGUGAAAUACUGUUUUGUUGUCUUUUAUUAUCCCUGUCCUGAAAAAGCUCUGUAUCACUGAUUUGAUUUGCAUUUUUUUUUUAGCUAAAAUUUUAUUGAAAUCAUGAAGUUUAACAUGUAUACCUGUAAUGAUUUACGUAGGUCCAAAACUAUUUCAAAAAGUAAUUUUGUCAUAGUUGAAAUA